ACGAAAACAAAGGCACUUAGUUAUGACGCCGUUUCCGCCAGCAUUUCAUUCGCUCUUGAAAGGUGAAGUGGUUUGAUUGAAAAUUAACUGGAGACUACAAUGCAGCUCUUUGGGCAUUCGCGUUAAGGACAUUUGGUUUCCGUUUUUAUACCGCUAUACCUCCCUCCCCACCCCGCCUGUUGAGUGAUGUCCGAGUUGAUGGUGGCUCUGGUGCAGGCCUCGGAAAAGGCAGCCAACAUCGCCCGGUCCUGUCGCCAGGAAGAAACUCUUUUCAGUCUACUCAUAGAAGAGAAGAAGAGCAAGAACAAAACGUUUUCAGCUGACUUCAAAACUCUCGCUGACGUGCUCGUGCAAGCAGUCAUUAAACAUGAUAUAGGCAAACGGUUUCCUGGUCUUGAAAACAACAUAUUUGGUGAAGAAACCAAUGAAUUCAUGAAUGGACUAGGCGAGCGGAUCCAGGUGAUAUUAUGUGAACGAGAGGCAGACACGGCCAGGCUCCUCAGUAAGGUUCUGGACGGCAACAUGCAGGCGGCCGAAGCCCUGGCCUCCGCCGCCCACCAGGACGUCAUCAUUCCCGACCUGCACACCGGCUGCGUCCACAUCCCCAUCCACAACCUGGGAGUGUGGGUGGACCCCAUAGACUCCACACUCCAGUAUAUCAAAGGCAUUAGCAACUCCGUCCCAGAGGACAGCAUCUACAGCCGAGGCCUACAGUGCGUGACCGUUCUCAUUGGUGCUUACGACUUGCAGACCGGAGAGCCGCUAAUGGGGGUCAUCAACCAGCCAUUUGCAGAGAUGGACGACAGCAAGAGGUGGCAGGGCCGAUUCUUCUGGGGAAUCUCUGCAGGCCCCCAGAGUGUGCAUUCCCUCUCUUCCACGCCAGGCUCUACGCCACUCUCUAGAGGGGACUCCGUCCCACGUCCACUCCCGACCCCGACCCCAAACCCCGCGGCGGACCCCAGUGUAGGGGUGCGGGGGUCCCCCGCGUCCAAGCUGUCGGCGGUGCUGAGCACGCGCGAGGUGAAGCGCGUCAAGGCGCUGUUCCAGGACUGCUGCGAGGGCGGCGUCUACUACGCGUCCGGCGCCGGCUACAAGGCGCUCUGCGUCAUCCUGGGCCUGGUGGACGUGUACGUCUUCACCGAGGACUCCACCUACAAGUGGGACAGCUGCGGGCCGCACGCCCUGCUGCGCUCCAUGGGCGGGGGCAUGGCCGACCUGAAGGAGUGCCUCCGGCACGGCCCACCAGCAGGGGGCGCCGGCGAGAGGCCGGAGCUGCAGUACAGCAGCCCCAUCGCCGAGGCCUCGGGCACGGAGAGGUGGGCCAACCGAGACGGCCUGGUGGCCUACAGGUCAAAGGCCGACCUGGAAGCCGUUCUCCAGCUGCUCACCACUGUUGAGCUGUAGUGCAGCUUUAAGCGGUAGUGGGGGAAGGGGUAUCAGUGCAAUAUGGAGGUUUUUAUUUACCCAUUUGAGUUUAUUUAUGUAUAAUUCAGAGUUGAGGAGGAAGUGUUCCAUAUGCCAUUUUAUCUCUUUGUUUUUUUUUUUUUUAUGCUGAGGUGUCAUGCAUCUAUUAUUAUUACGUUUUACUGAAUGUCAUGCAACAUGAUAUGCACUGAUGGCAACCAAUUUAUUCAAAAUGCGCUAUUUAUUAUUAGUGUCAUGUUAUUUGAGCAGCUGGUUUCAAGAAUCAACACUAGCAAUACUGUAUCCCAUUUUAAACACUGUACUUGACUGCAUCUUUGUUGUAUUAAGCUACUUGGAAAUGACUGGAUGGAAGGACUGGUGUGUUUGCUCCUCAAUGCAAAUGAUGUUUACAUGAUGCACAAACCAGAUUAAACAGGAGUUGCACAUUUUAA